CGUUUGCCUUGUCCAUUCCAACGACGUCAUAACCUACUCAGUGGUCAAGUAAACUGAUACCAAAGACAUAAAUCGUCCAUUGAACUUGGCAAUUCAAUGUUUUUUUUUUUUGGAGUUUCUUGUUUCCUACCCAGAACUCAUUUAGAAAGACAGAAAUCUGAAAUCCGAAAACCAAGCAACAAUGCCACCCCGCAAACGCAAAGCCGCAGCCAUCGCGCAUGACGACCAUGAUGCAGUCUCAACACCCGACUCCUCGCGCCGCCGCUCAACGCGCGUCUCUUCCUCCGCAAAGAAAAGCCAUUAUUUUGAAGGCGACUCCGAGUCCGACUCACCAGAAGCUUCCGCCGCCGCCAAAUCCAAAGCCAAACCCACAGCAGCCAAGCAGCGCCAACGCGGCCGACCAAAGAAGGCCAAGGUAGAAGCCGAUCCCGACGAAGACGGAGACGAAGACGAUGAAGACGCCUACCACGACGAACCUACGGAAACCCAAAAUGACGAUGACAAAAACAAUAACGAAGAAUCAGAAGACGACGACGAAGCCGCUUCCCCCAAAGUCACUUUCAUCCCUAUCCCCAAGUUACGUGAUCUGAAUGGUGUGGCCUAUUCUCCAAACACGAUCCACCCCAACACCCUCCACUUCCUCCGCGACCUGCGCGCCAACAACAAACGUUCCUGGCUCAAACUCCACGACGCCGAAUACCGCCGCUCUUUAUCGGAUUGGGAAUCCUACGCCAUGUCGCUCACCGACCUGAUCAUUUCCUCCUGUGACCCAACCAUCCCCGAAUUGCCGUUUAGAGACGUCAACUUCCGCAUUUAUCGGGAUAUCCGCUUCAGCAAGGAUCCGACGCCGUAUAAACCGCAUUACAGCGCGAGUUGGUCGCGCACGGGGAGGAAGGGGCCGUAUGCGUGUUAUUACGUGCAUGUGGAGCCGGGAAAGUGUUUUGUGGGUGGAGGGCUGUGGCAUCCUGAUGGACCAGCGUUGGGGAGGUUGAGGAGUAGUAUUGAUGAGAGGCCGGGACGGUGGAGGAAGGUUUUGAUGGAUAAGACCUUUAAGGAGACGUUUCUCGGUGGUGCGGGGGCGAAGGAGAAGACGGGACAAAAGGGGAUGGGGAAGGGGAAGAAGAAGAAGGGAAGGGGGAAGAAAGAUGAGGAUGUGGAGGAGGACGACGAUGGACUGGAUGAAGAGAGGGCGGUUAUCAAGGCGUUUUGUGCGGCUAAUGCUGAGAAUGCGUUGAAGACUAAACCCAAGGGCUUCGAUGCUGAGCAUAGAGACAUAGAGCUGCUCAAGCUGCGCAACUUCACCGUGGGGAAGAAGCUACCUGAUUCUGUCUUUACAUCAGAAGGUGGGCAGGAGCAGGUGCUCAAUGUUAUCAAGGCUAUGGUUCCGUUUGUGACGCACCUCAAUCGCAUCGUCAUGCCUGAUCCUGGUGAUGAAGACGAUUCAGAAGAUGAAGAGGCCUGAAACAAGGCGCUCGAGAGGAUGACCCUUUUUCUUAUGCUGUGGACUCGACCCACGCGAUUUUUGGAUAGCGAUUGAUAUCAGGAUAUGGAACCGUUCCCUGUUGUAGUUGGUUUUCGCCUUGGUUACUGACAAUGAAAUAAUACUCACCUCAACGGCAGUCGACACCCCACACAG